CAAGAGUCUUGUCCAUUUAAGGUAGUAACAAAAUUCCACGAACAGAGCCUGAGAGGUAGCCUCUCCGGUGGUGAGGACUCUGCUGUGUCCCACAGCUGCCCUUUGAGGAGGCCUGCUGAGGCAAUAGGGAUGCUGGGCAGCGAAGGGAGGCGGAGCUUGUGGCUCCGCCCACACUUUCUCCCUCUCUUCUCCUGGCUCCCCCUAAAUGUCUCCUGCCUAGUCGGAGCCCUUCAGAAACAAGCAAACUAUUUCACCUUAGCGUCCCAGGAAUGGUGGAGGCUGGAGGAGCCCCCUUCACUCCAGCUGCCCGGUAGGGACUGGGAGGAGGAGCUGGCAUAGCCCAGGCUGGACACAGGUUUCGAGGGGUGUGCACAUGGACGUUGAAUGAAGGCGCUCUACACCUGGAGUCCCCUCUGCUUUCAUUUCUGGGAUCAGGACCCCCUGUCACCAAAGGGAAAGCCCUCUCAUAUAAGUGGCCAGCCUGCUGGCUAAGCAGUCCUGAAGCAGGUAAGAACAGAGCAUUCCACCCCUGUUCUUGCUCACUUUGCAAGCCUGAAAUAGUGUUUAGCAUCUAAGGUGCAGUAGCAAACUCUUCUCCUGCCAUCCGGGUAAGACGGUGUGGCUUACCCGAAAUCCUGUGCUCAUUCAGUCAGUCAACAAUCGCUUGAUUGCUUCUGAGUUAAGGCACCAUAUCAGGCACUUUGGAGGACCCAUAGAUGAUCAAGGAGCAGAUCCAAACUCCAUGUAGUUGAUGGUCCAGUAAGGGAAAGAGUCAUACACAAAGGAGGAACUCGAUUGAAAAGGACAUAUAAAGGAGGGGAGACGGGGGAAGGCUGCCCAGAUUCUGUGGCAUCUGAGUCAGACAUUGGAAAAUUUAGGGUUUGGCCCUGAGAAGGGGCAUGGAGAAAAGGGCUCUGGCAGGAAGUGUUGGAUCAGAAGCACAGCACAGGAUGAGGACCGCAGGGUGAGAGGUACAGGGAACCAAGGGUCUAAGGGCAGGGGAGGAGGUCAGAGGGAACCUUUUAUCUGCCUCACUUGCCAGGGAUGCCAGGGGCUUCCGUCCUUUGCUCCGAGCCUCACAGUUCCUCUGUGAAGCCAAUGCUGGUCUUUCCAGUUCAUAGAGAAGGGGGCUGAGGGAGAGGGACUGAAGUAGCUUGCUCAAGGCCAGGAAGUGUUAAGUGGGAACCGGGAUUUGAACUUGAACGUAUCACCUCAGAGCCCACGCUGUGUUUCCUUAAUAGAAUCUGUGAGGGGAAGUAGGAAGAAAAGACCUGCAAGCUCUUUUCUGGUUGUGGGGAUCUAGCAGUCUUAGAUGGGGAGUACCUGAGGUCUCCACAGUGAGGCAGCCAGACUCCUGGACUUUUUGGACUGGUUCUAGAGUCCAGGAUGGUUGAGCAUCUGGCUUCCCAUUCAUCAUCUUAUUGGAAGAGCCACUGGCCUCUGUGUGGGAGGCACGGGAAGCCAGUAUGGUAGGAGAUACUAGAAUGAAAUUUUAAACGUGGCCUUGCCUGUGGGUUUUCGUUCCCAAGGCUACCUCAAACCUUGCUACUGUGCAGGAGCCCUCCCUGGCUCCCUCCCCCGCAUCUCCAACCUCCCCUGGGGUCCAUGCAGGCUCCGUCUGCACACGGCGGCGGCGUUGUUCUGCACUUGCUCCUUUUGUUGCUGUGAAACGGGCUCCGGCACAGUCAGCCUCUGUGUGGGAGGACUGGUGGCUGUCUUUGUAGGCAGGCAUUUGCUUAGAGCAGGCUGCGUGUGAGCCCAGCAUCAGCGAAUCUGGCCUUGAGUCGGUCGGUCGGGUCGGUCGUGGUGCUGGUGCUGGUGCUGGUGCUGGUGCUGGUGGUGGUGGGAUGAGGCUCUGCCCUGGAGUCUGGCUGUGAAGGAUGAGUUCAGGGUGGGAUGACGGACCGCUUCUGGGACCAGUGGUAUCUUUGGUAUCUCCGCUUGCUUCGGCUGCUGGAUCGAGGUAUCCUGAGAUCUUUUCGGAAUGAUGGUUUGAAAGCUUCUGAUGUCCUUCCCAUCCUGAAGGAGAAAGUGGCCUUUGUGUCUGGGGGCCGUGAUAAGCGAGGUGGACCCAUCCUGACCUUCCCUGCCCGAAGCAAUCAUGACAGAAUAAGACAGGAAGACCUGCGGAAGCUUGUGACGUAUUUGGCCAGCGUGCCAAGUGAGGACGUUUGCAAACGUGGCUUCACGGUCAUCAUCGACAUGCGGGGCUCCAAGUGGGACCUCAUCAAGCCCCUCCUCAAAACCCUGCAGGAAGCCUUCCCCGCCGAGAUCCAUGUGGCCCUCAUCAUCAAGCCUGAUAACUUCUGGCAGAAACAGAAGACCAACUUUGGCAGCUCCAAAUUCAUCUUUGAGACAAGCAUGGUGUCUGUGGAGGGCCUCACGAAGCUGGUGGACCCCUCCCAGCUGACCGAGGAGUUUGAUGGCUCCCUGGAUUACAACCACGAGGAAUGGAUCGAGUUGCGCCUCUCCCUGGAGGAGUUCUUCAACAGUGCGGUACACCUGCUCUCGCGCCUUGAGGACCUGCAGGAGAUGCUGGCCCGGAAGGAGUUCCCUGUGGAUGUGGAGGGCUCUCGGAGGCUUAUCGAUGAGCACACACAACUCAAGAAAAAGGUGCUGAAGGCCCCUGUGGAGGAGCUGGACCGGGAAGGGCAGCGGCUGCUACAGUGUAUCCGCUGCAGUGACGGCUUCUCAGGACGCAACUGCAUCCCAGGGAGCGCUGACUUCCAGAGCCUUGUACCCAAGAUCACCAGCCUCCUUGACAAGCUGCAUUCCACCCGGCAACACCUGCACCAGAUGUGGCACGUGCGAAAGCUCAAGCUAGAUCAGUGCUUCCAGCUGCGGCUCUUCGAGCAGGAUGCUGAGAAGAUGUUCGACUGGAUAAGCCACAACAAGGAGUUAUUUCUUCAGAGCCACACAGAGAUCGGCGUCAGCUACCAGCACGCACUGGACCUCCAGACGCAGCACAAUCACUUUGCUAUGAACUCCAUGAAUGCCUAUGUCAACAUCAACCGCAUCAUGUCUGUCGCUUCCCGCCUCUCAGAGGCCGGCCAUUACGCCUCCCAGCAAAUCAAGCAGAUCUCCACGCAACUAGACCAGGAGUGGAAGAGCUUUGCUGCUGCCCUGGAUGAACGCAGCACCAUCCUGGCCAUGUCCGCUGUGUUCCAUCAGAAGGCAGAGCAGUUCCUGUCGGGAGUGGAUGCCUGGUGCAAGAUGUGUAGUGAAGGUGGCCUUCCCUCUGAGAUGCAGGACCUGGAGCUGGCAAUCCACCACCACCAGUCUCUGUAUGAGCAAGUGACCCAGGCCUACACAGAGGUCAGCCAGGACGGCAAAGCACUGCUGGAUGUCCUGCAGCGCCCCCUGAGUCCUGGGAACUCGGAGUCUCUCACGGCCACAGCCAACUACUCCAAGGCGGUACACCAGGUGCUGGAUGUGGUGCAUGAGGUGCUGCACCACCAGCGGCGGCUGGAGAGCAUCUGGCAGCACCGCAAGGUGCGGCUGCACCAGCGGCUGCAGCUGUGUGUCUUCCAGCAGGACGUGCAGCAGGUGCUGGACUGGAUUGAAAACCAUGGCGAGGCCUUUCUCAGCAAGCACACUGGGGUUGGGAAGUCCUUGCAUCGAGCACGGGCCCUCCAGAAGAGGCACGAUGACUUUGAAGAAGUGGCUCAGAAUACCUACACCAAUGCGGACAAGCUCCUAGAAGCCGCGGAGCAGCUGGCUCAGACUGGGGAAUGUGAUCCGGAGGAGAUCUACAAGGCAGCCCGACACCUGGAGGUGCGCAUCCAAGACUUCGUGCGCAGGGUGGAGCAGCGGAAGCUUCUCCUGGACAUGUCAGUCUCCUUCCACACACACACCAAAGAGUUGUGGACAUGGAUGGAAGACCUGCAGAAGGAGAUGCUGGAGGAUGUCUGUGCAGACUCUGUGGAUGCGGUCCAGGAACUCAUCAAGCAGUUCCAGCAGCAGCAGACCGCCACCCUGGAUGCCACUCUCAAUGUCAUCAAGGAAGGCGAAGACCUUAUACAGCAGCUCAGGUCAGCGCCUCCCUCCCUGGGGGAGCCCACCGAGGCCAGGGACACGGCUGUCUCCACCAACAAGACGCCGCACACCAGCUCCAUCAGCCAUAUUGAAUCUGUCCUACAGCAGCUGGACGAUGCUCAAGUGCAGAUGGAAGAGUUGUUCCAUGAGCGGAAGAUCAAGCUGGACAUCUUCCUGCAGCUGCGCAUCUUUGAGCAAUACACCAUCGAGGUGACAGCAGAGCUGGACGCCUGGAAUGAGGAUUUGCUCCGGCAGAUGAAUGACUUCAACACAGAGGAUCUGACCCUGGCAGAACAACGGCUACAGCGCCACACGGAACGGAAGCUUGCCAUGAACAACAUGACCUUUGAGGUCAUCCAGCAGGGCCAGGACCUGCACCAGUACAUCAUGGAGGUGCAAGCCUCAGGCAUCGAGUUAAUCUGUGAAAAAGACAUUGACCUGGCGGCUCAGGUGCAGGAGCUCCUGGAGUUUCUCCACGAGAAGCAGCAUGAACUGGAGCUCAAUGCGGAGCAGACCCACAAGCGGCUAGAGCAGUGUCUCCAGCUACGGCACCUUCAGGCUGAGGUCAAACAGGUUCUGGGAUGGAUCCGCAAUGGAGAGUCGAUGCUCAACGCCAGCCUGGUCAAUGCCAGCUCUUUGUCGGAGGCGGAGCAGCUGCAGCGGGAGCACGAACAGUUCCAACUAGCCAUCGAGUCCCUCUUUCACGCCACUUCCUUGCAGAAGACGCACCAGAGCGCCCUGCAGGUACAGCAGAAAGCCGAGGCCCUGCUCCAGGCCGGCCACUACGAUGCCGACGCCAUCCGGGAGUGUGCCGAGAAGGUGGCCCUCCACUGGCAACAGCUCAUGCUAAAGAUGGAAGACCGGCUGAAACUAGUCAACGCCUCUGUGGCCUUUUACAAGACCUCUGAGCAGGUGUGCAGUGUGCUGGAGAGCCUAGAGCAGGAGUACCGGAGAGACGAGGACUGGUGUGGCGGGCGAGACAAGCUGGGGCCGGCGGCGGAGAUGGACCACGUCAUUCCACUCCUCAGCAAGCACCUGGAACAGAAGGAAGCCUUCCUGAAGGCCUGCACUCUGGCCCGGCGGAAUGCUGAGGUGUUCCUCAAGUACAUCCACAGGAACAACGUCAGCAUGCCCAGUGUCGCCAGCCACACCAGGGGACCCGAGCAGCAAGUAAAAGCCAUCUUGAGUGAGCUCUUGCAGAGGGAGAAUCGCGUCCUGCACUUCUGGACCUUGAAGAAGCGGCGGUUAGAUCAGUGUCAGCAAUACGUGGUGUUCGAGCGCAGUGCUAAGCAGGCAUUAGACUGGAUCCAAGAAACAGGAGAAUAUUACCUCUCAACACAUACCUCCACUGGGGAGACCACGGAGGAGACUCAGGAGCUGCUGAAAGAAUAUGGGGAAUUCAGGGUGCCUGCCAAGCAAACGAAAGAGAAGGUGAAGCUUCUGAUCCAGCUCGCGGACAGCUUUGUGGAAAAGGGCCACAUCCAUGCCACGGAGAUAAGGAAAUGGGUGACCACGGUGGACAAGCAUUACCGAGACUUCUCGCUGAGGAUGGGGAAGUACCGGUACUCCCUGGAGAAAGCCCUGGGAGUCAACACGGAGGAUAACAAGGACCUAGAACUGGACAUCAUCCCAGCAAGCCUUUCAGAUCGUGAGGUUAAGCUCCGGGACGCUAACCACGAGGUCAAUGAAGAGAAACGGAAAUCAGCUCGGAAGAAAGAAUUCAUUAUGGCUGAACUGCUCCAAACAGAGAAAGCAUACGUGAGGGACUUACAUGAGUGCUUGGAGACCUACCUGUGGGAAAUGACCAGUGGUGUGGAGGAGAUACCACCUGGGAUCCUCAAUAAAGAGCACAUCAUCUUUGGCAACAUCCAGGAGAUCUAUGACUUCCAUAACAACAUCUUCCUCAAAGAGCUGGAGAAGUACGAGCAGCUGCCUGAGGACGUGGGACACUGCUUUGUCACCUGGGCAGACAAGUUUCAGAUGUAUGUCACCUACUGUAAAAACAAGCCUGAUUCCAACCAGCUGAUCCUGGAGCACGCAGGCACCUUCUUUGAUGAGAUCCAGCAGCGGCACGGCCUGGCCAACUCCAUCUCUUCCUACCUAAUUAAGCCUGUCCAGAGGGUCACCAAGUACCAGCUGCUCCUAAAGGAACUUUUAACUUGCUGUGAAGAAGGGAAAGGGGAACUCAAGGAUGGCCUGGAGGUGAUGCUCAGUGUCCCCAAGAAAGCCAAUGAUGCCAUGCAUGUCAGCAUGCUGGAAGGGUUCGAUGAGAACUUGGAUGUACAGGGGGAGUUGAUUCUCCAGGAUGCCUUUCAAGUGUGGGACCCAAAGUCGCUGAUCCGGAAGGGGCGGGAGCGGCACCUGUUCCUCUUUGAGAUCUCCUUGGUGUUUAGCAAGGAGAUCAAAGACUCAUCAGGACACACGAAAUAUGUUUACAAGAACAAGCUACUGACCUCAGAGCUGGGUGUGACCGAGCACGUGGAAGGCGACCCCUGCAAAUUUGCUUUGUGGUCCGGGCGCACCCCAUCCUCAGACAAUAAGACCGUUCUCAAAGCUUCCAACAUCGAAACCAAGCAGGAGUGGAUCAAGAACAUUCGAGAAGUGAUUCAGGAAAGGAUCAUUCAUCUUAAAGGAGCUCUAAAGGAGCCAAUCCAGCUCCCCAAAACACCAGCCAAACUGAGGAACAAUAGUAAGAGGGAUGGAGUAGAGGAUGGCGACAGCCAGGGGGAUGGGAGCAGCCAGCCGGACACCAUAUCCAUCGCCUCCAGGACCUCUCAGAACACGGUGGACAGUGACAAGCUCUCAGGCGGAUGUGAGCUGACUGUGGUCCUCCAGGACUUCAGCGCAGGCCACAGCAGUGAGCUGAGCAUCCAGGUGGGCCAGACGGUGGAGCUGCUGGAGCGACCGAGUGAGAGGCCCGGCUGGUGUCUGGUCCGUACCACCGAGCGGAGCCCCCCACAGGAAGGCCUGGUCCCCAGCAGCACCCUGUGCAUCUCACACUCUCGGAGCAGCGUGGAGAUGGACUGCUUCUUCCCUUUGGUGAAAGAUUCCUACUCUCAUUCCUCGAGUGAAAAUGGAGGCAAGUCCGAGUCUGUGGCCAACCUUCAGUCUCAGCACUCCCUGAACUCUAUCCACAGUUCCCCUGGUCCCAAGCGCUCCACCAACACCCUUAAAAAGUGGCUAACCAGCCCCGUGCGGCGGCUCAACAGCGGGAAAGCAGAUGGAAACAUCAAAAAGCAGAAAAAAGUACGCGAUGGGCGCAAGAGCUUCGACCUGGGAUCGCCGAAGCCUGGGGAUGAGACGACCCCUCAGGGAGACAGCGCUGACGAGAAGAGCAAGAAGGGUUGGGGCGAAGAUGAGCCAGAUGAAGAGUCACACACCCCCCUUCCUCCGCCCAUGAAGAUCUUUGACAACGACCCCACCCAGGACGAGAUGUCCUCCUCUCUGCUAGCAGCCCGGCAGGCUGCCACUGAAGUACCUACUGCUGCCGAUCUUGUCUGUGCCAUAGAAAAGUUGGUCAAAAGCAAGCUGACUCUGGAAGGAGGCUCUUACCGGGGGAACUUGAAGGACCCCACAGGCUGCCUGAAUGAGGGGAUGACCCCUCCCACGCCUCCUAGAAACCUGGAAGAAGAACAGAAAGCCAAGGCUCUAAGAGGCAGAAUGUUUGUCCUGAAUGAGCUGGUACAGACAGAGAAGGACUACGUCAAGGACCUGGGGAUUGUGGUGGAGGGCUUCAUGAAGAGAAUAGAAGAGAAGGGGGUCCCCGAGGAUAUGCGGGGAAAGGACAAGAUCGUGUUUGGAAACAUCCACCAGAUCUAUGACUGGCAUAAAGAUUUUUUCCUGGCUGAACUGGAAAAAUGUAUCCAAGAGCAAGACAGACUGGCCCAGCUCUUCAUUAAGCAUGAGCGCAAGCUGCACAUUUACGUGUGGUACUGCCAGAACAAGCCUCGUUCCGAGUACAUCGUGGCUGAAUACGAUGCCUACUUUGAGGAGGUGAAGCAAGAGAUCAAUCAGAGGCUGACCCUCAGCGACUUCCUCAUCAAGCCCAUUCAGAGAAUAACAAAAUACCAGUUGCUGCUCAAGGACUUCCUGCGAUACUGCGAGAAGGCCGGUUUGGAGUGCGCAGAUAUCGAGAAAGCCGUGGAGUUAAUGUGCCUUGUUCCCAAACGCUGCAAUGACAUGAUGAAUCUGGGACGCUUGCAGGGCUUUGAGGGCACCCUGACCGCCCAGGGCAAGCUUCUGCAGCAAGACACGUUCUAUGUGAUUGAGCUGGACGCUGGCAUGCAGUCCCGGACCAAGGAGAGGCGUGUGUUUCUCUUUGAACAGAUCGUCAUCUUCAGUGAGCUGCUCCGAAAGGGGUCCCUCACCCCAGGCUACAUGUUCAAAAGGAGCAUCAAGAUGAAUUACUUGGUCCUGGAGGAAAACGUCGACAAUGACCCUUGCAAGUUUGCGCUCAUGAACAGGGAGACUUCAGAGAGGGUCAUCCUGCAGGCUGCCAACGCAGACAUCCAGCAGGCCUGGGUGCAGGACAUCAACCAAGUCCUAGAAACACAGAGGGACUUCCUAAAUGCACUGCAGUCACCCAUUGAGUAUCAGCGGAAGGAAAGGGGUGCAGCUGUGGUCCGCUCCCAGCCCCCCAGGGUCCCACAAGCCAGCCCCAGACCCUACUCUUCUGUCCCUGUGGGCUCAGAGAAGCCCCCCAAGGGCUCCAGCUACAACCCGCCUCUGCCACCCCUGAAGAUAUCUACCUCCAAUGGCAGUCCAGGGUUCGACCACCACCAGCCUGGGGAUAAGUUUGAAGCCAGCAAGCAGAACGACCUGGGAGGCUGCAAUGGGACCUCAUCCAUGGCUGUAAUCAAAGAUUACUAUGCACUGAAGGAGAACGAAAUUUGCGUGAGCCAAGGUGAGGUGGUCCAGGUCCUCGCCGUCAACCAGCAGAACAUGUGCCUGGUGUACCAGCCUGCCAGCGACCACUCCCCAGCAGCGGAAGGCUGGGUCCCAGGCAGCAUCCUGGCCCCCCUCACCAAAGCCACGGCAGAGAAUAAUGACGGCAGCAUCAAGAAGUCAUGUUCAUGGCACACUCUACGCAUGAGAAAGCGGGCGGAAGUGGAGAACACGGGUAAAAAUGAAGCCACAGGGCCCCGUAAACCCAAGGAUAUUCUGGGCAACAAAGUCUCUGUUAAAGAGACGAACAGCUCUGAGGAGUCAGAAUGUGAUGAUCUUGACCCUAAUACUAGUAUGGAGAUCUUAAAUCCAAAUUUCAUCCAAGAAGUGGCCCCAGAAUUCCUUGUGCCCUUGGUAGAUGUGACCUGCUUGCUUGGAGACACGGUGAUACUACAGUGCAAAGUCUGUGGGCGGCCGAAGCCCACCAUCACCUGGAAGGGUCCAGACCAGAACAUCCUAGACACUGACAACAGUUCAGCCACAUACACCAUCUCCUCCUGUGAUUCUGGAGAUAUCACCCUCAAGAUCUGCAACCUGAUGCCCCAAGACAGCGGGAUUUAUACCUGCAUAGCAACAAACGACCACGGCGCUGCGUCCACGUCGGCCACAGUUAAGGUGCAAGGUGUUCCCGCAGCCCCCAACCGCCCCAUCGCCCAGGAGAGGAGCUGCACCUCCGUCAUCCUCCGCUGGCUGCCCCCGGUCAGCACCGGGAACUGCACGAUUUCGGGGUACACGGUGGAGUACCGCGAGGAAGGUUCCCAGGUCUGGCAGCAGUCUGUCGCUUCGACCUUGGACACUUACCUCGUCAUUGAAGACCUUAGUCCUGGAUGCCCUUAUCAGUUCCGGGUCAGUGCCAGCAACCCUUGGGGAAUCAGCCUUCCCAGUGAAGCCUCGGAGUUUGUGCGCCUUCCAGAGUACGAUGCAGCUGCUGAUGGUGCCACCAUUUCUUGGAAGGAGAAUUUUGAUUCUGCUUAUACUGAACUGAACGAGAUUGGCAGAGGCCGUUUCUCUAUUGUAAAGAAAUGCAUUCACAAAGCUACCCGCAAGGAUGUUGCUGUGAAAUUUGUGAGCAAAAAAAUGAAGAAGAAGGAGCAGGCUGCCCAUGAGGCUGCCCUGCUUCAGCACCUGCAGCAUCCCCAGUACGUCACUCUCCACGACACCUACGAGUCCCCCACGUCCUACAUCCUGAUUUUGGAACUGAUGGAUGACGGCCGACUCUUGGACUACCUUAUGAAUCAUGAUGAGCUGAUGGAAGAAAAAGUAGCUUUCUAUAUCCGAGACAUCAUGGAAGCUCUACAGUACCUUCAUAACUGCAGGGUUGCACAUUUGGACAUAAAGCCCGAAAACUUGCUCAUUGACCUCCGGAUCCCAGUGCCUCGAGUAAAACUCAUCGACUUGGAAGACGCCGUCCAGAUCUCAGGCCACUUCCACAUCCACCAUCUUCUGGGGAACCCUGAGUUCGCUGCCCCAGAAGUGAUCCAAGGCAUCCCCGUCUCCCUGGGCACGGACAUCUGGAGCAUCGGGGUUCUGACAUAUGUCAUGCUGAGUGGGGUCUCCCCCUUCUUAGAUGAGAGCAAAGAGGAGACCUGUAUCAACGUGUGCAGGGUGGAUUUCAGCUUCCCCCAUGAGUACUUCUGUGGUGUGAGCAACGCUGCCAGGGAUUUCAUCAAUGUCAUCUUGCAGGAAGACUUCCGGAGGCGGCCCACAGCAGCCACAUGCCUGCAGCAUCCGUGGCUGCAGCCCCACAACGGCAGCUACUCCAAGAUCCCCUUGGACACCUCCCGCCUGGCCUGCUUCAUAGAACGCCGCAAGCACCAGAAUGACGUGCGGCCCAUUCCCAAUGUCAAGAGCUACAUCGUCAAUAGGGUGAACCAAGGGACCUAGCCAUCCCCAACCCCUGAGGUUUCACAUAGAAGUGCGGGUGUGAACCAAAGCAAGACUGAAAGUGUCUGUAAAUAACUCUGUUCAUCAUUUCACUCCAUGUGGGUCUCUGGAUCGAGAGGUGGUUCUCUUAAACCUUGUCUGUGGUUACGCAGGGUCCCGGCGGCAGAAAAGUGACCCUAAUCCCAGGAGCAUUCCAGAAGGUCAUGCUGAAGAAGUAAAGAUGCAGAGUUGCAGAAAGUAUUUAAAAAAGAAAAGGGCAAGGCUGACAAGAAAGUAGUUGGUAUAAAAUUUUAAUUGUACAUUCCAAAAUGAGUGGUUCAGUGGGCAAACCGUCCACCCACUGUGAGGAGUAUAGUAGGUGUCUGACUCCGUUGAAAAUUUAAGCUAAAAGUUCUAUUUAACAAAGAUGUCAACUAUUCUGCUUUAGAUGGCUUAGAUAUAGUUUCUUAACAGGAUACAUAUACACGUACAGUAUAAUAGAUCCCAUUCAGGUUUCAGAGUUUUAUAAUAUAGAGGUCUAUAUGAAAUCAAUCAUAAGUAACUUUGAGUGCUCCCGUUAAAACAGUAAUUUAUUUACCGAAGCAUCGCAUUAUUUUGACUAAGCACAAUUAGAUGACGAGUUUUUUAGAGCAUUUUAUAAAUCUUGUAUAGAAAUCUUUUAUCAGAACCUGUGUAUUAAGAGAAGCAAUGUGACCCUUUGCAAUCUGUGAAUUAGAUUUUUCUUUGUCCUCCAUUAUGGGUUGUUUGAGUAAGAUAGGUUCUGUUUAUCAAAAGAUCCCCCCUGAACUCACUGACAGCUCAGAGUUCCUCCUGUGGGAAAGUCAGGAAGUAAGUCCAAAUCUAGUAAGUGUUGGGGGCUGGUUUUAUGUCCACACCAGGCCUGACAUGGGCAAAUGUAUAUCAUGAGUUCAUAUAAAAGGGCACAUGGAAACUUUUCCUACAGUUCCUGUGAACAAUGGAGCAGCUCUUUCUGGUUGCAUAGCUGUAGAAUACAGUUUCCAGAAAGUUAGCUUGCUUUAUUCCUAACCCCUCAUGAAGCUUCGGGUGCUUACCAAAAGGAGGCAGCCAUAUAAGCCUUUUAAAGGCUAGUCCUAAGUCCUUUCUGAAGCCAUGGAGCAAAGCCUGACCCAUCACUCUAACACAGCAUGGGUUUUUAACUGGGAUAGCAAUACCUAUCACCACACAGCCACCAACAUCUCUGGACUAAAAGGAUUAACUGUAUUCUGAGGCCAAUGCUGCUUUCUCCAUACAAGAUUAUUGACUGCCUGGUGCCCUCUUAAGGGAAAUCAAAUUAACCAGGGCAUUUCAUGGUUUGUUUUUUGUUUUUUGUUUGUUAGAGGGGGAUGGGAGAGUUUUUGUUAUAUUGUGUUUGUACAUGAUCCACCCUUUGUUUUCUAGAGUGUGUUUAAAAAAAUGCUUUUAGGCAAAUAAUAUUCUAAAACUAUAACUCCAGUGUUUAUGUAAAUCAGGCUUCAUGUCAUCGUGUCUCUCCUGCUAGUGGGAUUGAGAAAAUUGAAAUCAUGUAGCACAAAGUGCAAUCAGAGAAUUUGGGAAGGGAAAAUAAGCUGCAGAAUUAUUUUAACAGUUUAAAGAAGAAAUGAUGGGAACAGUCUGAACUUUAGUGUAUAAAAACACUUAUUCCCAUGGUGGAAAUACAGAAUUAAAAUGCUUAUCAUUCCCCCCACACACAC